GUUGGGCCUAGAAAAAGAAUGUCAGGAGAGGUGGGAUGGUUCAUGAAAGGAGGGGAGGCCAUUUGCAAGCAGCAGCACUAUUAAAGGCAGAGGGUUGAGAUAGACAGCAGACUGUUUAGGAAAAGUGAGUCACACUGUGGAGGAGUAGAGACCAUUCAGGAUGCCAGAGCCAGUCAAAAAAGCAGACGCUCCAGCUAAAGCCCCUACUGAUGGACCCGGGGAGUCCAGUGUAGAACCACAACCGGCCCCGGCUCCACCUGCAGCAGCACCCACAGGGGAAGAGACCGCUGCCCCAGCACAUGCUGCUCCUCCAGCUGAGGAUGCACAGCCUCCAGACACCAGACAGGAUCUGACUGGACUCUUCACAGAGAGACCCCAGACCGGAGAAGUCACUGUAGGUGAAAACAUCACGUUUGUGGCCAAAGUCAAUGCUGAAUCGCUGCUGAAGAAACCCACCAUCAAGUGGUUCAAAGGGAAAUGGAUGGACCUCGCCAGCAAGUCUGGAAAACACCUGCAGCUAAAGGAGAUGUAUGACCGCAACACGAAGAUCUACACGUUUGAGAUGCAGAUCAUGGCUGCCAAGCCUAACUUUGCUGGAGCAUACAGAUGUGAGGUUUCAUCCAGGGACAAGUUUGACAGCUGUAAUUUUGAGUUGAGUGUGCAUGAGGCAAGAGCUGCUGAAGGCUUUGACAUAAGAGCAGCCUUCAGGCGCACUAGCACAGAUGGAAAAGAAGACUCGGGAGAGCUGGACUUCAGCACAUUAUUAAAAAAAAGGUAAGAAAAAAAAAAGCCAGGCACAGAGCCUGACGUGGACGUGUGGGAGAUUCUCAGCAAAGCUCCUGCUUCAGAAUACGAGAAGAUCGCUUUUCAGUAUGGCAUUACCGACCUCAGAGGCAUGCUGAAGAGACUGAAGAAGAUGAAGAAGGAAGAGAAAAAGAGCCAAGCUUUCCUCAAAAAGAUGGAUCCUGCCUACCAAGUGACAAAGGGGCAUAAAAUAAAACUAGCUGUUCAGGUCGCCAAUCCAGAUGUUGAUGUGAAAUGGCUGAAGAACGGGAAAGAAAUUCAACCAACUGGAAGGUACAUAUUUGAGAGUGUUGGCAACAUGCGCUACCUCACCAUCAACCACUGCUCCUUGGCAGAUGAUGCUGCAUACUGCUGUGUGGUGGGGGAGGAGAAAUGCACCACUGAGCUCUUUGUUAAAGAGCCUCCUGUCCUGAUUGUGAAGAAUCUGGAGGAUCAGAUGGUCAUGAAGGGUGAGCGGGUGGAGUUGGAGUGCGAAGUCUCAGAGGAAGGAGCCAAUGUUAAAUGGGAGAAAGACGGUGUGGAACUGACAAGAGACGAGUCUUUCAAGUACCGCUUCAAGAAAGACGGCUGCAAACAUAUUCUGAUCAUUAAUGAGGCCACAAAAGAAGACUGCGGCCACUACAAGGUUAAAACAAAUGGCGGCGAGUCGAUGGCUGAGCUCAUGGUGCAGGAGAAAGACCUGGAGGUCUACCAGAGCAUUGCAGACCUCACAGUGAAGGCGAAGGACCAGGCAGUUUUCAAGUGUGAGGUGUCAGAUGAGAACGUGAGGGGAACCUGGUAUAAGAAUGGCGUAGAGGUCAAGUCCGAUGAGAGAGUGAAUAUCACACAUAUUGGCAGGAUCCACAAACUGACCAUUGAUGAUGUCAAACCAGAGGACGAGGGGGACUAUAAUUUUGUGCCAGAUGGCUACGCUUUCAACCUUUCCGCCAAACUCAAUUUCUUGGAGGUGAAGAUCGAUUAUGUGCCGCGCCAAGAUCCUCCUAAGAUCCACCUGGACUGUAUGGGUCGUACUGCCGACUCAACCAUCGUGGUGGUGGCUGGCAACAAACUGCGUCUUGACGUCCCGAUCACUGGAGAUCCUGCUCCCACAGUGGUCUGGACCAAGGGAGAGAAGGUGGUCACCGAGGGAGACGGUAGGGUCCAUGUCGAAACCACCAAGGGCCACUGUGUCUUCACCAUCGAGGGGGCUGAGAGGCAGGACGAGGGAAUCUACUCUGUUGUGGUUCGAAACCCUGCUGGGGAGGACUGUGCAGAUAUCAAUGUGAAAGUUGUUGAUGUUCCAGAUCCUCCCCAGACUCCCAGAGUCCUCAGCGUGGGAGAGGACUCCUGUGUUAUCCAGUGGGACCCACCUCGGUUCGAUGGUGGACAACCCAUCAUUGGCUAUGUGGUGGAGCGGAAGAAGAAGCAGAGCUACAGGUGGAUGAGGCUGAACUUUGACCCUUACCCCGACACCACCUAUGAAGCCAAGCGGAUGAUUGAAGGAGUGGCGUAUGAAAUGCGAAUCUAUGCUGUCAACGGCAUUGGCAUGUCUCGUCACAGCCCUGCCUCGCAGCCAUUUGUGCCAGUCGCCCCUACAAGUGAGCCCAUGGGACUGGUUGUCGAAGACAUCAGUGACACUUCUAUCUCGCUGAAGUGGCGGCCGCCUGAGAGGAUCGGCUCGGCUGAACUCGAGGGUUAUGGGGUUGAGUACUGCAAGGAGGGCACUGAUGAAUGGAUACCAGCCAUUCAGGGUCUGACUGAGAGGACAUCCCUGAUUGUCAGAGACCUCACCACUGGAGACAAGCUGCAGUUCCGUGUGCGAGCCUACAACAUGGCGGGUCCCAGUGCUCCCACCACUCUGGCCCAACCCGUCACCAUCAGGGAGAUAAUGCAACGCCCAAAAAUUUGGCUCCCCAGAAAUCUCCGGCAGACUCUCAUCAAGAAAGUUGGAGACACUGUCAACCUUUUGAUUCCAUUCCAGGGUAAGCCCAGGCCAAAGGUGACAUGGAGUAAAGAUGGGGAGCCUCUGGAACCCACAUUCGCUAACGUGAGGAACAGCGAUGUCGAUACAAUCCUCUUCAUCCGCAAGACGGACAGAAAACACUCGGGGAAGUAUGAUCUCCACGUGCAGAUUGAGAACGUGGAAGACACGGCAAGUGUCAAUCUGCAGAUUGUAGAUCUCCCAGGGCCUCCCGAGGCUCUGAAGAUCAUGGAUGUCUGGGGCUUCAACGUGGCACUCGAGUGGAAGCCGCCUAAGGACAACGGUAACUGUGAAAUCACUGGUUACACCGUUCAGAAAGCUGACAAGAAGACCAUGGAGUGGUAUACAGUCUACGAUCAGUACAGGCGAACCAACUGCGUCGUUUCUGACCUCAUCAUGGGGAAUGAGUACGUCUUCCGAGCCUUUUCCAUGAACCUGGUGGGCCUCAGCCUAGAGGCUAGAGAAACAAAAGACAGUGCUUACAUCCAGAAAACAGGUAUCGCUUACAAGCCGCCCUCCUACAAGGAACACGACUUCUCGGAGGCUCCCAAGUUCACACAUCCUUUAGUGAACCGCUCUAUCAUAGCAGGAUACAGUGCAACCCUCAGUUGCUCAGUCAGAGGUAUACCGAAGCCCAAAGUGACCUGGUACAAAAACAAGAUGGACAUCUCAAAUGAAGCCAAGUACCGAAUGCUGAGUAAGCAGGGCGUCCUGACGCUGGAGAUCCGUAAGCCCUGUCCAUUCGAUGGGGGAGUGUAUAUGUGCAAAGCAGUCAACGACAGCGGAGAAGACAUUGUGGAGUGUAAACUGGAGGUUCGCUCUCAAAUUGUGAAAGAAGAAAAGAAAGACGAAAAGAAGAAAGAGCUCCGAGCUGCUGAAUGAAGAGAAGAUCGAUUUGUCUCCAGCGUCUCCUGCAUGUCGACUGUUUUGUGUCAUUUGAAGCUCUUCACCUGCAUAACAAACUGUGUUUAGCUCACUUUUUUUUUUUUGUUUUGCAUCACUUCCCUCAUUUACCAUUAUCAAGUCAUCCUCGCUGUUAAUACAUUUAUAAACUAAAUUUACUACUUGUGCGGGGGUUGCUGUAAAUUUAUAAACUAAAUUGACUGUU